AUGUUUGGAGGCUUUGCCGCCGCGGGAUCAACAAUGGUUGGACGGGCGCUAAGCAUCUCCGAGAGAGGCUCGGCUGGCGCUUGGCAGCUGUGGCCGGCUGGGUCCGAUAGAGGUUUAGCCUGGAUUAACAUCCUAGGAGGGCAGAAGAGACGGAAAAUCAUCCGGCCCGAAACGCAUCAUGUCGAGCACCUCUGGACCUACUCCGUACAGGGACUCAGCAACUACAGCUAUGGAGCCCACCUGUUGCCGUCCAGCAAUCGAGACAGCGGGUUGAGGGCACGUGGGGGGGGCUUCAGCGGUAGAAUGGGGCAGAAUGGCAGCCGACAGCGCUGGGCUAAUCCCUUCGGGGCGACCGACUGGAGUCCACCAGUCCAUAGGUCCAUCCUGCUGUUUGAAGCUACCCGGCCUGCAUUAUUGUCUACGGCCUCUUCGCACCGAGGUCUUCUCACGGGUUUUUCAUCUUUCCCUCAAUUCGAUCUUGAGCAGGUCUCCAACAGCAUACCGGCACUCGCGUAA